AAUAGAGAGGAGAGAGACAUGGCGUCGUUGACUUAUUCACGCCACCGGAAUCUCCGGUCAAUUACCACUAUUUCAUCACCUCCAUUCGUCUCCCUCUUAAUUAAUUAAAUCUGCCAUAUCCCUCCCAAGCUCAAAUUUUCAACAUCCAUUUUUCUUUCUUCCCCACCUCUUGUCUCUUCUUCGUCGAUUCAGCCUUCUACGGGAGAGCUGAGUGAGAAUUUGGAGGAGAGUGGUGGUGGUGGUGGUGUUGUCACUGUUAUUAUUGCAUUGAAACCAUCGUUUUAUAUUUAGUAUAAAAGGAAAGAUUUCAAGAAAAGGAUGGAGUCACCACCAAAAAGUCCAAACAGAACCUCUGGAACCUCUCUCAUGGAAAACUUGCUGGGUCUUCUCAGAGUCCGCGUCAAGAGAGGUAUCAAUCUCGCUGUUCGUGACGUCCGUAGUAGCGAUCCUUAUGCUGUCAUCAAGAUGGGGAAGCAGAAACUGAAGACACGUGUAAUGAAAAAGAAUGUUAAUCCUGAGUGGAAUGAAGAUCUAACUCUUUCUAUUUCAGAUCCUAAUCUUCCAAUCAAGCUGACCGUGUAUGACCAUGACACAUUCAGCAAAGAUGACAAGAUGGGAGAUGCAGAAUUCACAAUCAAUCCAUAUCUAGAAGCUUUACGGAUGCAUUUGGAAGGCCUCCCCAGUGGUACCAUAAUUUCAAGAGUACAACCGAGCAGGCAAAACUGCCUGGCAGAGGAGAGCUGCAUUGUCUGGACCGAUGGCAGGGUUGUCCAAGACAUCUGCCUCAGAUUGCGAAAUGUUGAAUGUGGUGAAGUAGAACUCCAACUGCAAUGGAUCGACCUUCCGGGUUCCAAGGGCCUAUAGAGUUUAUCAAUGUUCAUCAUCCAUUUGUUCCCAUGCUCAAGUAGUUGGGGUCUUUCGAAGCUCUCAUUGCCCAGUAUCUUUUGAGUCUCAUUUUGAGGGUGGUUUGCUCAAACAUGUAUAAGAACCUGAGCUUGUAACCUAUAUUACCUAUUCAAAUGACUUAUAUAGCUUAGUAAAUAGAACCAUGUUUUUCCUUUUUUGGUUCUUUUCUGGUUAUAUAUGUCAAGGCAUUCCCAGCUUGCAAGUCAAUGAAAAACUCUUCUUAGUGGGUGUCUCAA